AACAAUGACUACAUCCAGUCCGUGGCCCGGUGUCUUCAGAUGAUGCUGCGGAUCAACGAGUACAAGCUAGCCUUUGUUGCCAUUGACGGCAUCUCAACCAUUGUGACAGUGCUGGCUGGUCGUGUGAACUUCCAAAUCCAGUACCAACUUACCUUCUGCCUCUGGGUCCUCACCUUCAAUGUAGACUUGGCCAAGCGGAUGAGCAAGUACAACAUCAUACCAAUCCUGGCCGACAUCCUCAGCGAAUCGGGAAAAGAGAAAGUGGCAAGGAUUAUCCUGGCAACAUUCAGGAACCUGAUCGAGAAGCCUGAUGAGAAUGAGAUCAAGAGGGACAAUGCCAUCGCCAUGGUGCAGUGCAAGGUGUCAAGGCAGCUUGAGAUACUUCAGGGCAAAAAAUUUGCCGACCCUGACAUUGUAGAGGACAUCGAAUACUUGGAGGAGAAGCUCAACACCAGUGUCCAGGACAUGAGUUCCUUCGAUGAGUAUGCCACUGAGAUCAAGUCUGGUCGUCUCGAGUGGGGCCCCGUGCACAGCUCAGAGAAGUUCUGGCGGGAGAAUGCGGACAAGCUCAACGAGAAGAACUACGAGCUGCUCAAGAUCUUGGUGCGCCUGUUGGAGACCAGCAGAGAUCCCCUUGUCCUGAGUGUCGCUGCCCAUGACAUUGGAGAGUACGUCCGGUACUAUCCACGAGGAAAACACGUCAUUGAGAAACUGGGUGGCAAGCAUCUCGUAAUGCAGCUGCUAGGCCACGAGGACCCCAAUGUGCGGUACGAGGCUCUGCUCUGUGUCCAGAAGAUCAUGGUGCACAACUGGGAGUACCUUGGAAAACAACUGGAGAAGGAAACUAGCACCUCAAGGCCAGCACAAGGCCCAACUAGAUCAUAACUCUCGUCUGGGCAUGUCACCUUGCUUCUUAAGCCUCAGGAAGGGAUGUGUAAUAAACCUGUGUAUUUAUU